CGGUAUCGGCUGUGGCUCUAACUAACACGGGAAUACCUCUCCGGAUCGCUGGCUCCUCGGCGCAACAGAGGUGCAGACGGAGCCAGUGUAGAGCCACAGCACUGCAAACAUGUCGAUUGGAGUACCAAUUAAAGUCCUGCAUGAGGCUGAAGGCCAUAUUGUGACAUGUGAGACCAAUACAGGAGAAGUUUACCGAGGCAAACUUAUUGAAGCUGAAGACAACAUGAACUGUCAGAUGUCCAACAUAACGGUGACAUACAGAGAUGGACGAGUGGCACAGCUUGAACAGGUGUACAUCAGAGGCAGCAAGAUACGGUUUCUCAUUUUACCAGAUAUGUUGAAGAACGCUCCUAUGCUGAAGAGCAUGAAGAAUAAAAACCAGGGUUCUGGAGCUGGGCGAGGUAAAGCAGCUAUUCUCAAAGCUCAAGUGGCUGCAAGAGGAAGAGGCCGUGGUAUGGGCCGUGGCAACAUCUUCCAGAAGCGAAGAUAAUUUUGGUCUUGACCAACAAGCUUUUUUUUUUUUUUUUUUAUGAGGGGGUAUUAACUUGACUAUAUGUGCAUUGGCAUCAGUUUUGUUUAAUAAAUGUUUCUGACAAACUUGUCUGCUCUUACAUGACAGGACUCCUCUUGGGCAAAUAUAUUGUAGGUUGAUUUCAAACUUUACCUGUUCUGGAAAGUAGUGGACUUUAUAUCUAGAUUUGAGUACUUUGUAUUUGUGUGAUGCAUUGACUUUUAAAGAUCAUCAUGUUUCAUUUUUCUUCUUCUCGUGUUGUCAUUCAUUCUCUAAAGAAUUGGAUGGCGUUCUUGAUGAAGAAUUUUUAACUAGUGUGUUUUAAGGUCAUAGUAACAGCUGCAUUUAUGGAAAAUACAGCAAAGCAGAGGCAGAUUCCUGAGAAGCAAAGCACUACGUUCAUUUGCUUUAUAUGGACCUAGAACAGAUAGAGGUCCAUCCUGAGAUCUGUACAUUGAGCUUGUAUUCUUGCAUUUCUAAUUUUUCUCUUUGGACACAGAGUGAAUUUUUCAUAAGGAAGACACAACUUUGGUAGCCUGAGUCUGUAUUUGCAGUGAAAAAUUCUAUUCUAACUCUCUUGGUAGUUUUUCUCUCUGCCUGGGAACAGAAGUCAAUAUAAAACAGGCAUUUUGAAGGAUAAAUUUGGAAUGUUUUGUAAAUUUGAAAGGUAGUGCAGGUGUAUGGGGAAAGUUUUAUAAAUGGUUAUCCACUAAAUAAACUCAGCACAAAUGCUAAUUUUCUGAACAAAACUUAGGAUCAACUUCAGCUUUUGGUCUUAAUGUCUAUACACAGAUCAUCAGCUGAUCUGCAGGAAGCCAAAUGUAGUUGUAACUAUUUUGCUGAAAGUAUAGUGUGGUGGUUCUUACUCACUUAAAUGGUUGAAAUGUUUAAAUGUAACACUUCUGUACCUAACCACAUACUUGCAUACAAUCAAUUAUCAGUCUGUACAUGUACAAAAUCGCUAGUCUUGCUUUUCUGCUCUGAUGCUGUGAAGACUAUCCCUUGC